GUUGAAUUAGUACACAAAACAUGUCGUUCUUGCCACAAGCUGGUCGACGAUAUUCGCGUCUGCCGACGCCGGACUCGAUGCUCAAAUUGGUGCAAGCCUCGGAGAACAGCAUGGAGGAAUCCGCUCUAGAGUUCUAUGAGAAGUGCAAUCUGACCUGGCGUGCUCAGUACACGAAUCCCUCGCUCGCACGACUGAGCAUCGGCACCGAGUUUCUGCCCGCGAGGAGCGGCAAGCGACAGAAGUCGUCACAGUACACGACGAACGGUGAUACGGACUCGGAGAAUCAACAGAAUGCUUUCCCACAUUGUUCUCGCGUAUGCAUUUGACGGAUUGAUUGAUUGAUGAUAAGCGUACAGUAGUCAGUUAUUCUGAUGUUUACAGUCUUUUGCCUAUAUUUGAGUCAGACGGCUUGAUUGAUUGUCUGAUUGAUGAACAAUACACAGCACGAGCUGCACGAUCUUCAAAGCCGAAUUUCUUACAUUUCUAUAUGACACAUAGCCUGCAAUACGUUUCUUACAGCCCUAAAAAGAGCGAAACUUGAGCUGUGCAAGCCGAAGACUCCCGUUUGUCUAUUGCCUAGUUCAAGUUCAAUGUUGAACCGCAAUAAA